AUGUUUUGCUUCUUAUUCUUUGCAAAAUUAUCUGUCCAAGAAGAUGGAUGUGAUUUAUGUCACACAGCCCUUCCACUUCUUCGCCAAGCCAUCGAACAAGGCUAUUCUGAUGAUGUUAUCAAAUCUGGCCUUGCUCAAGCCUGCCCAACAAUGCCAUCCCAAUAUAUUCCAUACUGCAAUCAAGCUUUACAAAACAUUGAUGGAAUCCUUGCUGAUAUCCAUGCCGGCAAGGACGACGACUACGUUUGCAAGACAUACGGCUUCUGCACAGCUGCUAUCAAGGUCAGAAAGGCUAAUGUUGACAACGGUAUGAUCUGUGAUGUCUGUGUUUCGCUUAUCAAGUACGUUGAGAAGGUCUUACUCGAAACAAAGGUUGAAUCCGAAGUUAUUGCUCUUUGCGAUAAGUACUGCGAAUCCUUACCAGCUCCAUUCCCAACCCUCUGCAAGUCUAUGGUUGAGAAGUACGUUCCAGUCAUCAUCCAGUAUCUCGAACAAGGCAUCGAGCACCUUGAGAUCUGCAAGAAGAUCGGCCUUUGCGAAUCCGUCAAGGGUGCCAAGUCCCAGAAUGGCCUCAUCUGCGACAUGUGCGUUGAACUUGUCCAUUAUGUUGAGGAAGUUCUUGAUGACACAAAGAUCGAAUCCGAAGUUGCCGAACUUGCUGACAAGUUCUGCGAGAAGUUCUCAGCUCCAUAUUCCACCCUCUGCAAGUCCCUUGUUGACAAGUCCAUUGUUGAAAUCAUGCACUGGCUCGAACAAGGCUUAGAGCACCUUGAAGUCUGCCAGAAGGUCCAUCUCUGCUCUGUCCAGAAGUCUGUUGUCCGCACACAGAACGGCAUCAUCUGCGACACAUGCGUUACAUUAGUCAAGUACGUUGAGAAGCUUCUUGACGACCAGACAGUCAGAUCCGAAAUCGAGCAUCUUGUUGACCAGUUCUGCGACGAUCUCCCAUCCCCAGUCUCUGUCUUCUGCAAGUCCAUUGUUGACAAGUACAUUGACGAGAUCAUCACAUACCUUGAACAAGGAUUGGAGCACCUCGAGAUCUGCAAGAAGAUUGGCCUCUGCGACACAAAACUCUCUGCCCGCGAAGCUAACGGCGCUGUCUGCGACAUGUGCACAAAGCUUGUCCGGUACAUCGAAGAGCUCAUGGAGAGUGAGACAGUCGAGUCAGAGAUCGCUGUACUCUGCGAGAAACUCUGCGACGAGCUCCCAUCCCCAAUCUCUUCACUCUGCAAGGGAAUGGUCGACAAGUACGUAAAGAUCAUCAUGCAGUGGCUCGAGCAGGGCUUAGAGCACCUCGAAGUCUGCCAGAAACUUGGUUUCUGCGAUGCAAAGUCCCUCAAGCUCGCCCGCAACCCAGUUGACUUCUCAGCAACUAAUGGUGUCACUUGCGAUAUCUGCAAGGACUUCUUCAAGUGGUCUGAGAACGAAAUCGAAAAGUACACAGUCCCAUACCUCUGGAAGCUCGUCCACGAGAAAUGCCCGAAGAUCCCUUACCUCGCUACAUUCUGCAAGCUCAUCAACGAACAGAACAUCGAGACAUUCCUCAACUUAAUCAUCUCUCAGCUCCCACCAGAAAAGGCUUGCCACUUCAUUAAGCUUUGCUAA